UUAAGAGCGCUUGGUAUAGAACCUACAGCAAAGAAAGUGAAAAAGUUGAUUGAACGAGUAGCAAUUAAUUCAGAUAUAUUAUCCAGAGAAGAAUUUGAAAAAAUGAUGGUCGCAGUCAUUAACGAUAUUGAUUCCGAUGAUCACAUGUUACUGUCCUUUCAUCAAUUGACUUUAAACAAAUCGAAUACAAUUUCGGUUGAUGACUUAAAAAGAACAGCCGAUCUCUUCAGCAUGGAUUUGUCGAAUGAAGAAUUACAAGAAAUGAUAAGUACUGCAAGUGGAGAUCAAAAUGGAAUGGUAACAAAAGAACAAUUCCUAGAAAUUGGUCGUAAAAUAUUUUAAGUCUUUGAAAACCAAGCUUGUAUUUUUAAAAACAAUAAUGAAAUAAAAUUGAUAAAACACAUCAUGCUUAAAAA